AAUGCACUGGAACUUUGUAGUCAUGGCAACAAAUGUAGGUACAUAAAUGGAGUAUAUGCAAAUAAAUAUUUAUUGGAAUCUUCAGUGUUUUCUUGUGUGGUGUAUAUAACUUCAACCUUAUCCUUCUAUAUAAACGGAAAAAUGAAUCAUACGUAAAUUAAUCAAAGCAAAUAUGUGUUUAAUUAGUUCGUUAUUCGAAUAAACGUUUAAGCAAAUACACCAUAACCAAUAUAUAUCAAGGACGCAAAUUACUUGCUAGUACUAGGUCUGCAUUAAGAAAAUGUCACUCGCUUCAAGAUCUUGGAAUUACUGGAGGUCGACACUCUCAUCUAUCCCAUUCAGGCGGAAUUUCGUACAUCAGCAGUCUGAACCAGCACAUGAGUUUGAUGUGAUUGUUGUUGGUGGCGGUCAUGCAGGAACAGAAGCCUGUAGUGCUGCUGCCAGAAUGGGUUGUAGUACCUUGCUUAUAACCCAUAAGAAGGAAACAGUAGGAGAAAUGUCAUGUAAUCCUUCAUUUGGUGGUAUUGGAAAAGGACAUCUCAUGAGAGAAGUGGAUGCUCUUGAUGGCAUAUGUGGUCGAAUGUGUGACUUAUCAGGAGUCCAGUAUAAGGUUUUAAACAAGAGGAAAGGCCCAGCUGUGUGGGGUCCACGUGCACAGAUUGAUAGAGUUCUGUAUAAGCAACACGUACAGCAGGAGUUAUUCAGAAACACCCCCAACCUGAAAGUGAUGGUUGCAUCUGUAGAGGAUCUGAUGACAGAGGAGGCAGUGAACAUUCAGAAUGAGCAGACUGUGAAGCAGUGCUGUGGGGUUCUGCUGAAUGAUGGUACCAAAAUUGGUGGCAAAACUGUAGUACUCACUACGGGGACAUUUUUGAAGGGUCAGAUUUGUAUUGGUUUAGAUGUCCGACCUGCAGGACGGAUAGGGGAUGCCCCAGCUAUUGGACUAGCGAACACUUUACAAAGUCUGAACUUCCGGAUGGGACGACUGAAGACAGGUACCCCACCACGGCUGGAUGGUCGCAGCAUUGACUACAGUGUCUGUACUGUCCAGGAAGGAGAUGAUCCACCUGUUCCAUUUUCAUUCAUGAAUGAUACUGUCUGGAUUAAGGCCGAAGAUCAGCUGAAGUGCUAUCUCACAUAUACAAAUUCAGCUGUUCAUAAAAUCAUCUUAGAUAAUCUUCAUGUGAACAGACAUGUCAGAGAAGAGGUCAGAGGCCCUCGUUACUGCCCAUCCAUUGAAUCUAAAGCAUUAAGGUUUGGAAAUAAGAAUCACCAGAUAUGGUUGGAACCGGAAGGGUUUACAAGUGAUGUGGUCUAUCCCGGUGGUCUCUCAUGCACUCUUCCAGAGGAAUUACAAGUCAAAAUGAUCCAACAAAUUAGCGGAUUAGAGAACACCACAGUCCUUAGGCCGGGUUAUGGGGUGGAAUAUGAUUAUGUGGAUCCACAGGAACUGAAUCCUACGUUAGAAACUCACCGUAUCAGCUGCCUAUUCUUUGCAGGACAGAUCAAUGGCACUACAGGGUAUGAAGAGGCAGCAGCUCAGGGGAUUAUAGCUGGAAUCAAUGCUGCUGCAAAGGCACAAGGCAAGCCAGAAUUUUGUAUUGGACGCACAGAAGGCUACAUAGGCGUGCUGAUUGAUGACCUUACCACACUAGGAACAAAUGAACCCUACAGAAUGUUUACGAGUAGAGCUGAGUUUAGGCUAUAUCUGCGCCCUGAUAAUGCAGACCUUCGACUUACUGGUAAAGGUUUCAAAAUUGGAUGUGUAUCUUCAGAAAGAUUUCAUAAGAUGUGCAAAAUGGAAAAAGAUAUUGCAGAUGGGAUUGGACUCCUGAAAUUGGUUGUUAAACCUGCAUCUCAGUGGAGAAAGUUGUUGCACAUGCCUACGUCAAAGGGGACACUGUUAAAAAGUGCAUUUGACAUUCUGUCAGUCAGCCAUGAUGAGAUCACAGUGGAGAAGCUCACAAAGGCACUGCCUGAUGUGUUCUCUCAGCUGGGGAAAGACAGCAAUCUGAAUCAGCGCUUGAGGACUGAGGCACUAUAUGAGGCAGCAUUAGUUGAGCAGCAAGAAGAGGUGAUGGAAAUCAGGCGAGAUGAGGCUCUCAGAAUACCCAGCCACAUUGACUACACAGCGAAAUCCUUGUGUCUGUCUUCUGAGGAGCAAGAGAAACUCUCAUCUGUCCGUCCACAAACAAUAGCAGCUGCUAGUCGUAUUCCAGGUGUGACACCCUCUACUCUAUUGAGACUGCUUCGGCACGUUAAGUACCAAGAAGUUCAAGAAAUAGCUGUAUAGGUGUAAUUAUGCAUGAGAACAAGAAAUACAGGUCAAAUGAUGUAUUCCAUCAUGGACAUAUAUUCCAAAUGCUUCCUUUGCUGUGUUUUGAGACUUCAAUAUAAAGUAAUGAGCCAUGUUAUUCAAGGGCAAAAGUUGAAUUAGGUUCAUAAACCCUAAUAAAGACCUUCAUAAAAUGUCAUGA